AUGGCCGCCUUUCUUGGUCCCGACGUAAUGUCGUGGUACCGAGAAUGUAAAGCUUCGACGUUCAUCGAGAUUCCCGGUAUCACCAAACGUUGGUUUUACCAGCAGAACAUCCGGGCCGACACAAACUCCUACAUCCGCCGAAAUUUCCCCGUGAGCCAGCAAGACACGAUUGAGCAUGUGCAGCUUCAAAGAUACCCGCAAGCCAAAUCUAACUCGCCCGUCAGCAGGAGUGCCAAGCGCUACUGCCAGAUGGCCAGGACAGUCACCAGCAGCCAGGACGCGGCCGCAGCGCAGAUGGGUCUCCACAAGCCAGGCCAGCACCGCCCAGCGGCUUCAAGGGCCAGAAGUCACCAGACCGUUCGACGAAAGGGAACUGGCGCAAAAAAACUAGGCUUCUCAGGGGGCUGGUGCCCCGCCGAUAAAGGCUGCACUACCGAGAACCAUACGGCAGAACCGCAGUCACUCUCUGCGACUCAGCAUUCCUUCGCCUAUGAGCGCGAUGAUGCAUUGCUGAGUCGUCAGGAAAAAAGCUUUAUUGUGCCAGAGACUCAAGAUUUACUGCUGGGAAUGCCUUCGUUAGUCGAGGCCAAUCCUCUAAUCGACUGGUCAAAGCGAGUAAUUUCACCAAGGUCCUCACCGAAGGGUGAUCAACGAGCCAAGUCACCGCCUGGGCUGGCCCGUCCUGCGCAACAGGCAUUACCAUUCAAGCCGUGCGUGCCGCGGCAGAGAGCUCGUCUCAUUGCUGGUCAGCGCUCCUUGCGAAUUCAAUACCAUUCUGAGGAUCUCGCGCCCUUACAAGUCUACCUACGGCACGGCCACGACGGUAAUCAAGAUCGGGCCCAAAUUGUUCGGAGUCGUGACAUCCCCAAGCUGUUGGGCGAGGAAGUUCGCGAGUUAUGUCUUUUUAUUUCGUCAGAUACAGCAAGUUCCAAGACUGACGACACAUGA